AUGGACACCCAAACCCGCGAAACCAUCGCCCAAGGCCGCGACCAAGCAACCCACCGCUCCAUAAUCUCCACCAUACAGCAGCACCUAGGCCAAGACGCCACACACUCAGACCGCUACAACCUCUGCAACAACCUCGUCCAACAACAAAAAUACACAGAAGCAGAGCCGACGUUAAAAGACUUGCUUGUCUGGCUCGCCAAAAGACCUGUCCUGGAUGCCAAUUCUGGCCAUCUGCAGACUCAUUUUCUCGAUCAAGAGGCUGGGACGAUGGUGCUUUUGUUGCAGAGUCUCAGAGGUCAGGGUAGAGAUGAGGAAGCGGAUGGAUUGUGGAAGGGUGUGCAGUUCUCUAGUCGUGAGAAACAGUCGCGGAGCAGGGAGCUACUGUACGGUUUGUCUGAAUGA